AUGGAUGCUUUUUAUCAGGAAAAUGAGGCAGCAGACUUAGUACCCGUUAACGAAGUCACUGAAGAGGACCACAGUUACUUUACUGAUCUGGUAUAUGCUGCCGAUGAGGAUGAAAAGCUCUGGCAACCGUCGGCUGAUGCUGAACCGAUGCUUGGCUUUGUGGACCAGAUUGGGACUCUUAUUCUUCCACCUGAGGACGGAUUUGAUGCAGAGGAUGAAGUUAUAACAAAUCACAAGGAGGAAUCAGGCAAGUUUAUUAAUUAUGCAAACACAUUAUUUGACAGAACCAGCAAAUCCUGA